AUGGCAAAGCUUCCCACCGACAAAACAGAUUGGGUGCACACCGAUCUACCAGACUGGCAAGCAGCCAUUUACGACAUCGACACCGAAACUCCACACAACAUAUCGACCCUGGAUCCGAUGACUAACAGCACUCUACGCACCCUCCGGAACAAAGGAAUGGAAGCAAAUGCGUACCUCGCGUACAUCGUGCAGAACUACGACAACCUUCCUUCAACAAUCGCGUUCAUACAUCCGCACAAAGAUGGCUACCCGGUCGCGUGGCACACCGACAACCAAGAGCAUUCCAACGUCGUGUCUCUGCAGAGUCUCAACAUCAACUUCAUCCAAAGCAACGGCUACGCGAAUCUGCGUUGCGUCAACGAUCCCGGCUGUCCGCACGAAGUGAUGCCGUUUCGUGAUCCGCCUGAGGAGCAUCGGACUAUUGAAGCAGCGAUGCCAGACGCGUGGCGAAACUUGUUCAAUAACACGAACGUACCGCAUGUACUGGCGACGCCUUGCUGCGCGCAGUUUGCCGUGUCGAGCGAGCAGAUACGAAAGCGGUCGUUGGACGAAUACAAAACGUUCUACACUUGGCUGAUGGAGACUCCGCUGAAGGACGAGACAAGCGGAAGGGUGUUCGAGUACCUUUGGCACGUCCUGUUUGGGCAGGAGCCCGUUUAG